GGCGUGGUGAGAGUUGGGAAAACAAACUGCAGACACCCGCAGACGCUUCCUCAGCCCGCGUCAGUUGAGGCUCUGCGUAAAACCGGGCCGUGCGUAAUUUCUCUCUAAAGCAGAAAGAAAGAAAGCGCUUCUGCACGCCGGUGGAGGAGCAGAGAAGGACGCUGACUACUUUCUCAUGCGCUGAUUUCCAAAUGGGACCCGCAGACUGCAGCAGAGAGAGCCGAACGCCGCCUGCGCUCUGAGCAGCAGUCAUGUUCUAGUGUCAGACUUUUUUAGAGCAACAAGAAGCAGCACGGGACGCUCUGACUGACUUGGCAAACAUGAGCGGCGGAGAAAUCAUCUUCCAAGGAUGGCUGAGAAAAUCUCCUCCAGAAAAAAAGCUAAGGAGAUAUGCCUGGAAAAAGCGCUGGUUCAUACUCCGGAGCGGCCGGAUGAGCGGUGACCCCGAUGUCCUGGAGUACUACAAGAAUGACCACUCGAAGAAGCCCAUCCGAGUCAUCGACCUGCACUGCUGCGAGCAGGUGGACGCUGGCCUGACCUUCAAGAGGAAGGAGUUCCAGGACAGCUUCGUGUUUGACAUCAAGACCUCAGAUCGCACCUUUUAUCUUGUGGCCGAAACCGAGGAGGAGAUGAACAAGUGGGUCCGCUCGAUCUGCCAGCUGUGUGGCUUCAACCAGUCGGAUGACUCUCAAGAGAAUCGAUUGCACCAUAUGCCUCGCUCCGUUGGGGCAGAUGUCUCUGGCCUGGUGGCUCCUGUGAGCGGAGAACGUAAACCAUCAGUGCCCAUCCACUCCAGCCAGCCGGUGCUCUUCACCUUCGAUGUGCCUGUGCGCCACUCGCACCACGGCUCCCUGUCCAACAGCGCACCUCAGGACUACCUCCUCCUCCACCAGUGCAUGAGCAGGAAGGCGGAGAGUGCACGGAGUGCCAGUUUCUCCCAGUCCAUACGAAGCAACGUGUUGUUGGGGAACGACUCUCCAGUGCAGAAGCUUUCUUAUGGAUUUUCACACUUUGUAAACGGCACGGGUGCUCAGCCACAUGGGUUCUACAGCCUUCCCAAACCUGGGAAGCAUCACCUAUCUGUGCACGACGACUCCCUCCAGGAGGCCUGCUAUGUGUUCCCACGGGGUUACAGCUCCGAGGCGCCAUCUCACAGCAAUCUGGGCGAUGGUGAUUUUGAUAAUGAGGAGGUGUACACCUUCAAGACCCCUUGCAACACCCUUGCGAGGAUCCACGGGAACGAGCGAUCGCCUGACAAUUAUGACCUUCCAACGACGCCUGGCUCCUUCUAUCAGAUCCCUCGAACAUUUGACAAGAAUCACAAUUCCUUGACGCCCUCCAGCUCAGAGUCGUCCUGCGCCCCUCCUCCCAGGCCCCCUAAACCUAGCCAGGGGUCUGAAGGGCAGUGGGGGAGUCCCCAAUCCAUUGGAAGUCAGAAUGGAGACACGGCGCCUGCAGUGUCAGUCAUCCCUCGCAGGAAUACCCUCCCCGCUGUUGAGAACAUCAGGCUGCACAGAGGUUCCUCCUUUGAAAUCAACAACCACCAUCGACUGUUUCAUUUCAACAACUCAGGCCAGUCUGUGGAGUCGGUCAACGAUGGGUUCAGCUCAUACCUGAGGGCCCACACCCCUCUGACUCGCUCAGACAGCGGUAACUCCGAAGACAACUACGUGCCCAUGAAUCCUGGUUCCUCGCCGCUCAGUGCUGCCCAGGCCGACAGUCCUAAGAAUAUCUACAUUCCCAUGAGCCCCGGGCCACAUCACUUUGAUUUCCCAGGGUUCUCUGCAACAUUACCUGCCCGCAAGGGGAGCAGUGCCUCCUUGUGUCACCGGCCCGGUCGUCUCAGCGAUGUAACACCACCUCCAAUCAACCGCAACCUCAAACCUAACAGGAAAUCAAAGCCAACGCCUCUCGAUUUGAAGAACAAUGGGAUCAUUGACGAGCUGCCGUAUAAGAGCCCCGUCACCAUGUCAUGGACUCGGCCCAUGCCUGCGAUUAACUCCUCCCAGCACUGUCGACCCAUCUCCACUCAAAGCAUCACCAGCACCGACUCAGCAGACAGCGAGGAGAAUUAUGUACCUAUGCAAAAUCCAGCAUCUACCUCCCCAGUCGUGAGUGGGACCAGCAGCCCGGCCCCUCGGAAGUGUGGGAACGUGGACUACUUGGCCCUGGACUUCCAGCCUGGCUCACCCAGUCCACAUAGAAAACCCUCUACCUCCUCUGUGACGUCUGAUGAGAAGGUGGACUACGUUCAGGUCGACAAAGAGAAGACCCAGGCUCUACAAAACACGAUGCAGGAGUGGACAGAUGUGCGACAGUCAGCUGAACCUGUUAAAGGAGUAAAGUCCUGACGCUGACUUGUACAAAAAUGACCAAAAAACAGCCCACAACUAAGCUCCAUAUCACUACCAUAAUUAUUACUGAGGUUCGUUUAGGACCUGACUUUCUUGGCAAGAAGCCAUAAAUAUCUUAUGCCUGUUUUCUGAUAAAUAGUACUGCAGUGCACUGCUUGCAUGCAGGAUAUCAGGCCAUAGAGGCAGACUGUCCUGCCAAAGCUUCAAAGACAAACUGUUAGAUAAAAAUAUACAUUAUCCUCACUGUCAGUCCAAUCUGCAUAAAUGCAUCAUAUGAUUAAAGCCGUCACGCCAUCCCUCUGCAGCCACUCAUUUUGUUUGUUUCUGCUCACUGAUUUCCUCAAAUGCUGCCACUUAAAAUAGCAGCACUGGCUAACCAAUCAAUAACUAUUUUAGCAUACUGUGACAGAACGCUUAUAGCUCUCAGGAAUUGCCAAGGCGGUCUCCUGUUUGGCGUACUUGGCAGACUUUCUCUCCUCGCUUCAAUCUGUCAUUUGUGCUGAGUCCUGCAGAAGCAGCAAGGGGAUUAUUUCCACUGUAAGCGAUCAUUUCAGCUCAGCGGUGCAUGUCUGGGGAGAGGAAAGAGGAAAAAUAGCCAUUUGUUUAUGCAAAGGGCCUGUGUCUGAUUCACUAACGAUAGCUGUACAUGACUGUUGCCUUGGUUUCCAUUAAAAAUGAGCCCAAAUUUGAUUUCAGAACCGCCAACCAGACGGCGGGCCGAAAAUUUGGGUGCAGUAACCAAACCGUGUGCAGAUGUAUAGAACGGCUCCAGAUGUGAGUUUACUGUAGAUCAAAUUCAAACGUGUUCCAUUGUAAAUGUGCACUGACCAAGAAAACUGAAGGAAAAGUGAAGCAGGUACUUUUUAUACCUAGAGUCCAUAUAUUGCUGUAGAAACAGUAUGUCUAUGACGACCAUAAUUACAAAUAUAAAAAUGCCUCUGACUGAACAAAACGUGCACUAAAAUACCUCAGUCAGAAUUUCAAAAAUUUCUUUCAAAUUAGCCUUAAAUUUUUUUAUUUCACUUUUACAGUUUGCCUUUGAGGAUUUUUAAUUCUUUCGGUUAUUAUUCAAACAAGGACCAUGUUGUAUUUAGAAGAACUGAAUGAUGAGUUCAGGUAAAGUCCAGUAUUGCACUGUGGGCUGGAACCACUGAGGGGUGAAUCCCCGUUUUUAAGAGUAGUACAGCCAUGUAAGCCUGGGUGAGGUUGUCAAAUAUUCCCUUCUAAUGUUUUCUACCAUUUUUUACGGUUUUAUUUUGUAUCUUUUUAUUUCUCUGUUUGUUUUUAAACUGAUUUAUGUCAGCAAAGUGUUACACAGAUGAGAACAGGUUAAAUUAAUGUGUGUUGUAUUUAAUUUUUAUUGAGAUAUUCCCAAAAACGGGAUGGCAGGUCAUUGACGUUGGGCUUGUGAAAACAUUCCCAGGCGAACUGAUUUGCAAAGAGAGAAGAAAGGAUUGAAGAGGAGCUGCCCGUCAAUCUCUGAAGUGAAAUGGAUGUAAUUUAUUAUCUAGAGCUCUCCGCAGUGAGCAGGGGGAACUGUGUGUGUGUGUGUGUGUGUGUGUGUGUGUGUGUGUGUGUGUGUUGUGCUAGACUGUGAGUCACGGUGUGUUCAACCACAGCUCAGAUCUGUCGUUGACACGCUGCACUUAGACAUCAGUUUUUUUAACCACUGUUAUUGCUACUACUGUAAAGCAUUUGGAAACUGCUUGUGUGUUAACUUAUUAAUUUAUUAUGUGUUUUGCAGUUAAUUGUAAAAUGAGGAAAAUUCUACUAACAUUGAUGUACCUUUUUUUAACAUUACAAAAAGCCAGUGUGAUGAUGAUGAUGAUAAAUGUGGUACAGGUCAUUUGGGAUAUAAAGAAAGUUUUUGUUAUUCCAGUAAAAUGUUAGAUUUGAACUGUGGACAUAAAAUAAAUCAAGAAGUUAAAAGUUG